ACACUUUGCUGGGAAACGUGUUUCUUUGGCGUUUUUCAUAUAGGAAUCUGAGGGAGGAUUUCUGAACACUUAAUGGUGAGAUGUGAUCAUUGCAGGGUUAAAUGGGGAAGAUUUAUUCCUGGCCCUUUAACUCGCCACGAAGCGAUUGGUGAUAAUGGUCUUGGUGUAUUUUACUUUGGUGGAUCCAGUUUCCUUUCCAUCUCAGCACAGCCGGAGCUGAGAGAGCGGGAUCUGGUAGGCCUUCUGGCACUGACCUCUCAGAGGAUCGUCUUCAAGGGAUCUUCUUUGGAGUUGUACUGUGCAUGGCAAGGAUUUACUUUCUUGCUGCCUCACUGAAAUUGCAUGGCCUAAACGAAUGAAUAUUUUUAUGAGUGCCUUGCACCAGAGAUGGGCCAGGACCAAACCAAGCAGCAGAUAGAGAAAGGCCUGAGGUUGUAUCAGUCCAAUCAGACAGAAAAAGCUCUGCAUGUCUGGACAAAAGUGCUGGAGAAGACCUCAGAUCCUGGAGGGAAGUUUCGGGUUUUGGGGUGCCUGAUCACAGCUCACUCAGAGAUGGGAAAAUAUAAAGAUAUGCUCAAGUAUGCCCUUGAUCAAAUUGACACAGCCAGAGAAAUGGAGGACCCUGACUACCUGACAGAGGGCUACCUGAAUUUAGCACGCAGCAAUGAGAAGCUGUGCGACUUCCAGAAAACAGUCUCCUACUGUAAGACAUGCUUAAACAUGCAGGGCACCACUGUCAGUCUACAACUCAAUGGCCAGGUAUGUCUCAGCAUGGGCAACGCGUUCCUGGGUCUCAGUGUCUUCCAGAAAGCUUUGGAGAGCUACGAGAAGGCCCUGCGCUAUGCGCACAACAAUGAUGACAAGAUGCUGGAGUGCAGAGUCUGCUGCAGUCUGGGAAACAUCUAUGUGCAGCUGAAGGACUAUGAGAAAGCUCUGUUCUUUCCCUGCAAAGCCGCUGAGCUGGUCAAUGACUAUGGAAAAGGUUGGAGCCUCAAGUAUCGUGCCAUGAGCCAGUACCAUAUGUCUGUAGCCUACAGGAAACUGGAGCGCCUGCCAGACGCCAUGGAGUGCUGCGAGGAGUCUAUGAAGAUUGCACUCCAGCAUGGUGACCGUCCUCUGCAGGCUCUGUGCUUACUAAACUUUGCAGACAUACAUCGCUGCAGACGUGACGUUGAUAAAGCAUUCCCUCGCUACGAGUCCGCACUGGGCAUCAUGACUGAGAUUGGAAAUCGUCUCGGACAAAUAUACGUCUACCUGGGUGUUGCAAAGUGUUGGCUUCUGCAGAAAGAAUUUGACAAGGCUCUUGACUCUUUGCAGCGAGCACAGGACCUGGCAGAUGCAAUAGGAAACAAGCUGUGUACUCUGAAGGUGCACUGCCUGUGUGAGGGGAUUUACCGAAGCCGGGGGCAGCAGGAGGAGCUCAGAGAGCAGGUGGUGAAGUUUCUGCAGUGUGUCGAGGAGCUGGAGCUCUACUGUGGGAUGUGUGGGGAGAGCAUCGGGGACAGGGACCAAAAGCUGCAGGCCUUACCCUGUUCCCACAUUUUCCAUCUCAAGUGUUUGGAGACAAAUGGGACAAAGGGUUGUCCUAAGUGCUUCAAGUCCUCCAUGAAGCCUGGAUUUGUGUGAUUGUUAAGACUGUGUUUGUGCGUUGGAUCUGCCAGACACAGCAUGAUGAAGCCUCACAGGCUCCUGACUGAUCUGAGAGAAGCAGGCAGCCUCAGGAUGCGCUGAAGAUGUUUGAGGAGUAAUACGUCACUGCUCUUUGCAGAGGAAACUGAAGUGAGCCAAGUGUUACAGAGUGUGGCUCUGAGGAUGUGAUUAUUUGCAGAGAGCAGUCUGUGAGUGACAGCUGACUGAGGGGGUUAAACUGCCACAGUUACAUUUCAAUAUAAGCUGAAGAGGAAGUCCUGUUUUGUCUCUGAUAACAGGCCAUUUGAUGCAGAAUUCAAGCAGAAAGGAAUAUGGAGCCCCUGUCUAUUUGCUAUAUACACAUAUGCAUUAGACGUGCAUUGUAAAAGAAAGAUGUAACGAACAAAUGAAAAUGAAGAUUCAGUGAUAUCUCUGAUAUAUUUUAUUUUUAUUUACAUGGUUUGGUUGUUUAAUUCCAACAUUUACACCAUAUUUUUGUCUGAUUUCAGAUCAUAUCAUUUUACAGAACACAGAGCCAUUACUGAAUUUAACCAAUUUAUUAUAUUUAUUAAUGUAUUUGUGUACAUACUGUUUUCAUGAAAAUCAGUUUGAUUUAUUUGAAGUGUUUUGUAAAACCUACAACUAACUAAAAUCUCUUAACAGUUUAAAACUAGUAUGUCUUUACAAAACAGGUACAUGCAGCUGUAUUUUUCUUCCUUACUCACAGAGAUUAAGGAGCAGGAUCAACACACAUUGUGUUAAACAUAGAAAUUCCUUUUCUAUCCAUUUCUGGAAAUGUUAUUUUUAGUCUGACAUCUGCAUAAAGAAAUCUAUUGGGCAAGAGACCUUUCUGACCAAUUUCAUAUUUGUCAAAUAUUGAUUUUAAAAAGCUGAAAAACGAUAAAUGGUUUUCAUAUUUAUUAUAUGUACAUAGGAAUGUAUUGGAGAAACAAAUCAAGUGUGAGCUUAUUUGCAAAGUCAUGUUUAGUAAUGUGGAAGGGGAUUUAUGGGAGAAAGACAAAACACUGUGUUUUGAGAUAAAAGAGAGCUAAGCCAGUCCAGUGUUGCAUGUUACAUGUGCCAUACCAUGCCAAGCAAUAAGCUGGAUGGUGGCUUUUCCCUAUUCCCCAGCAUUUUCAUUGUGAGCAUAUGCCUAAUCAAAAUGAUUAUGACCUGCAUAAGGUUUAGUGUAUAAUAGCCCCUUAUCAAUAAUUUCCUUUAAGUGAGACUGUAGAUGUAGUUUGGUAAAGUGCUCAGUUUUAAAUAUUACUUGUUUGAUUUAACAGUGACAAAAGGGAAAAAACUGUUUCAACAAACUUUUGGUAUAAUCAAAGCCAAGAGGUGGUCUUCUUACUUUUUUCACAAACUUGAGGUGUAAAAUGAAAAGCAGCUGUGAAAUUGUGCCAAAAGCAACACAUUUUCUGCACAAGCACUUACUGUAAGGUUUUUGUUUAACGAUCAUUGUCAGUUUUUAGUACAGACUUAAUCUUCAAUCUCUAGAGCAUAGAUAUUAUCUUAAGUGUUUAGACAAUUUAUCCUCGGUUCUGUUUGCCGUAUCUGACAGUGCAGCCGCUUAUCUCUAACAGUUUUAACUACCUCUGAAAUGCCUCAAUCUUUUGCCCUCCUCAGAGGAUUAAUGCAGUAAAACUACACAUUUAAAUACCAUGUUAUGUUUUUCUAGACAUCCUGUUGAUAUAACCAUGAAUUUAAUCAUGUAGAGACUGAUUAAAAUGCAUUGUAUGCACCAGAGUCAAAACAUGUUACUGUGUUAAAUAUGAAUAAA